UAUCGAUAGUAUCGUUCGAUCUCUAACUGUGACUGUGAUCCCAUUAGCUGAUUGUGGAUCAUAAUUAUGGGAUAACAAAUGUGUAGUUGUGUAGAUAUUGUAAAAUUUAAGUUGUCGAAAAAUAGCUUUGCCAAAUACCAAUCUUAACAGUUCUAACCGAAAUACACUUUACAAAAUGAUGCAAUUAUUCGGAAGGCUACCAAAAAAUAUUUUCCGAUCGAAUCUGCUUGGCGCAUCGGCCCGCACAUGUUUUUACAAUAGGUUCAACUCUACCGAAGUCCAGCCAGUGUCAAUAUCAGAGGAUUUCCGGAAAAAGCAAAUACUUUUCAACAUAAAAUCGGAGAACGUAGAAGGUAGACCGCUAUAUCUUGACGCCCAGGCGACCACGCCACUGGAUCCUCGCGUAUUAGAUAGUAUGUUGCCUUACCUGACGAAUUACUAUGGGAAUCCACACUCACGUACUCAUGCCUACGGUUGGGAAUCUGAGAAAGCAGUCGAAAAGGCAAGAGAACAGGUUGCGCGGUUAAUUAAUGCAGAGCCAAAAGAGAUCAUUUUCACAUCGGGUGCUACAGAAUCUAAUAAUAUUGCCGUUAAGGGCGUUGCCAGAUUUUACGCGAGUAAAAGAAAACAUAUAAUUACAACGCAGACAGAACACAAAUGCGUGCUGGACUCUUGCCGCGCUUUGGAAAAUGAAGGAUUCAAAGUUACUUACUUACCGGUUAAAUCAAAUGGUAUCAUUGAUAUGAAGCUAUUGGAAGAAUCUAUAACACCAUAUACGUCGCUAGUUUCAAUAAUGACAGUAAACAAUGAAAUCGGCGUUAAACAGCCGGUGGCUGAUAUUGGUGCACUUUGCCGUUCACGGAAAGUAUUUUUCCACACGGAUGCUGCCCAGGCUGUAGGUAAAAUUCUUAUCGAUGUGAAUGCAAUGAAUAUUGAUUUGAUGUCCAUAUCUGGACAUAAGAUUUAUGGCCCAAAGGGCAUUGGAGCACUUUAUGUGCGUCGAAGGCCACGAGUUCGGCUUGAACCUAUACAAAGCGGUGGAGGGCAAGAGCGUGGCCUACGUAGUGGAACUGUACCCGCACCGCUAGUUGUUGGAUUUGGUUUUGCUUGCGAUAUAGCUUUAAAGGAAAUGGAUUACGAUAAAAAAUGGAUAGAUUUUCUUUCAAAACGAUUAUACGACCGCAUCACUAGCGCUUUGCCUCAUGUCAUCCGUAACGGUGAUCCUGAGCAAACUUAUAGCGGUUGUUUAAAUUUGUCUUUCGCCUACGUUGAGGGCGAAUCGUUAUUGAUGGCUUUGAAAGAUGUUGCUUUGUCAAGUGGUUCAGCAUGUACUUCAGCGUCAUUGGAGCCUUCAUAUGUGUUGCGCGCAAUCGGUACCGAUGAAGACUUAGCACACAGUUCGAUAAGGUUUGGUAUAGGUCGAUUUACCACCAUUGAAGAGGUGGAUUACACCGCUGACAAAUGUAUCAAGCAUGUAGAACGUUUGCGCGAAAUGUCUCCGUUGUGGGAAAUGGUACAAGAAGGCAUUGACCUAAAAAAUAUUCAGUGGUCGCAACACUAGUUUUAUUAUACUGCAAUUAUUGUGUCAGAGGAGCCGUAUUGUACCUAUAAUUGUGUAUGUGAGUGACCUCAACUUAGUGAUGGCAAUUACAAAUGUGGAACGUUUGUGCUAAUUUUGUAUUGGAAAUUUGUAAAACAUGUUGCGUACGGGGCGAUGACGCUUUAUUUUUCGUAAUUUAUCAGAUUGUAUAGCAAAGCAAUUAAUACUAAAUAUAUACAAACAAAUAAAAUACUUGAAACGUACUUAAUACCUAUAUAUGUAUGUAUAGUAGGGAUGUGCGAUUAAUCGAUUAAAUAAUUUUUUAAUUAAUCAUGAUCCUGGUUUAUCAAAAAACGUGAUUAAUCAGAUUAUGA